AUGAUCAACGAGUUCCACAACCGGAACUUCGAGUGUGCCGCCUUCGUACCUAGCCCUGCAGUUAUAGGUUACGAGAAUAUUACCCUCGCCAACAGAGCCUGCUCCACCGUCGGUGCCGUUCCUGGCGAGCCGUUCGUCAACGGUGACAGAUACAUCAACUCCCAGUACAAGUACUUCAACUCUCACAAGUGGCGCAACAUCGGAAUUCUCAUCGCUUUCAUCAUCGCCCUCCACACCUUGUACUUCGUUGCCACCGAAUACAUUGCCGCGAAGAAGUCCAAGGGAGAGGUUCUUGUCUUCCGUCGUGGUGUCGCUGCCCCGGUCAGGGGCAAGGACGACCCCGAAUCCUCUCUCUCUGGACCCGCUACCAUCGUCGAGAAGGGCGGACAAGGUGCCUCCGCCAAUGAGGGUGCGAUCCAAGGCUCCACCAGUGUCUUCCACUGGGGUAACGUGUGCUACGAUGUCAAGAUCAAGACCGAAACCCGCAGGAUUCUGGACCAUGUGGAUGGCUGGGUCAAACCUGGAACUCUUACGGCUUUGAUGGGUGUCUCUGGAGCUGGCAAAACUACCUUGCUUGAUUGCCUGGCAGAUCGUGUCUCCAUGGGAGUGAUUACCGGAGAGAUGCUGGUUGAUGGAAAGAUCCGUGACCAGUCCUUCCAACGCCGUACUGGCUACGUUCAACAACAGGACCUGCAUCUCGAGACCAGCACUGUUCGUGAGGCAUUGGAGUUCAGUGCUCUUUUGCGCCAGCCAGCCACCACCCCUCGCGCUGAGAAACUGGCAUACGUCGACGAAGUCAUCAAGCUUUUGGACAUGCAGGACUACGCUGACGCCGUUGUGGGUGUCCUCGGCGAGGGAUUGAACGUCGAACAGCGCAAGCGACUUACCAUUGGUGUGGAACUGGCUGCUAAACCCCCCUUGCUUCUUUUCGUCGAUGAACCUACCUCUGGUUUGGAUUCGCAAACGUCAUGGGCUAUCCUGGAUCUGCUUGAGAAGCUCUCAAAGGCCGGCCAGUCUAUUCUUUGCACUAUUCACCAACCGUCUGCCAUGUUGUUCCAACGCUUCGACCGUCUGCUGUUCCUGGCAAAGGGUGGCAGAACCGUAUACUUUGGCGACAUCGGCGAGAACUCCCACACCCUUACAUCCUACUUCGAGAGGAACGGUGCCCCUGCCUGCCCUCCUGGUGAGAACCCGGCCGAAUGGAUGCUUUCUGCUAUUGGCGCUGCCCCCGGAUCACAUACCGAUGUCGAUUGGCACCAGGCAUGGAAGUCUAGUCCCGAGUAUGAGGCUGUUCAAGAGGAACUUGGCCGCCUCAAGACUCAAAGCCCGCCCCAAGAGCACUUGUCCGCCGAAGAAGAGAAGUUGGCACACCGCGAAUUCGCCGCCCCGUUGUGGGAUCAAUUCCUGAUUGUCACUCGCCGUGUCUACCAGCAGUACUGGCGUACUCCCUCUUACCUGUACGCCAAGUUCAUUCUCUGCUGCUCCGUUGCCCUCUUCAUCGGUCUGGUAUUCCUCAACGCACCUCUCAGUAUCCAGGGCUUGCAGAACCAGAUGUUCGCUAUCUUCAACAUUCUUUCCAUCUUCGGUCAGCUCGUGCAACAACAGAUGCCGCACUUCGUCACCCAACGAUCUCUUUACGAAGUCCGUGAAAGACCUUCCAAGACUUACAGCUGGAAGGUGUUCAUGAUGUCGCAAAUUGUUACUGAGAUCCCGUGGAACUCUCUCAUGUCCGUCUUCAUGUUCAUCUGCGUCUACUACCCCGUCGGUCUCUACGAGAACGGUGACCCAAGCCAGAAGAGUGAGCGCGCUGGUCUCAUGUGGCUCCUGUUCUGGCAGUUCAUGAUCUUCACCUGCACUUUCGCCCAUGCCUGCAUCGCCAUCACGGACACUGCUGAGAUGGGUGGUAACCUCGCCAACGUCCUGUUCAUGAUGUGUCUGCUGUUCUGCGGUGUCUUGGCCAGCCCUGACGCCAUGCCCGGCUUCUGGAUCUUCAUGUACAGGGUGUCCCCGUUCACCUACCUAUUGUCAUCAAUUCUCUCAACAGGUCUGGCAAACUCCAAGGUGACGUGCUCGACGAACGAGUACAUCCACUUCGACCCGCCAAACAACCAGACUUGCGAGACUUACAUGGAAGGGUACAUUGGUUCCAUGGGAGGCUAUAUCAAGGACCCAUCUGCCACGGCUGACUGCCAAUUCUGCUCUAUCGCCGACACCAAUGUCUUCCUCAAGGGUAUCAGCUCCAACUUCGACAACAGAUGGCGCGAUUUUGGUAUCGGCAUGGUGUACAUUGUCGUCAACAUUGUCGCUGCUUUGGGUCUCUACUGGCUGGUCCGCAUGCCCAAGGGCAAGAAGAAGGCCUAA